AUGGGCUCUCACGCAGGACCCACAUCGGCCCUGUUCCUGCUCUGCUGCAUGGGAACCUGGUUGUCCUCCCAUUUGUCACCCAUUCCUCCAUUACAACCAAGUGAAGUACAGAAAAUAAUCGUGGAAUUACAGUCUUUGUCUAAGCAGCUUUUGGACGACUAUGUGAAGAAAGAGAAGGGGGUACCAACAUCCCAAAGUUACACGCUGCCGUGUUUGACCCCUGACCCCCAGCCUCCAAACAACAUCAACAGCUCAGCCAUCCAGGCACAUUUCAAGACGAUCAGACAGUUAGCAGAUGACAACAGUGUUAUCAAUGAAAUCAUAGAACAGCUUGACAAACUUGAAGCUCAAGAUGCACCAGCAACAAAUGUUUCUGUGCCUACAGAUACCCUUGAACGUAAACGCUUCAUCUUGACUACGUUACAACAGUUUUCAGAGUGCAUGAACCUCGUAUUAAAAUCAUUGAACUAUGGAACCCAAUAG